UGAGAAAGUACGAUAGACAGUUUACAGCGGGUACGAGAGUUGUUGUUGUCAAAAGCAUCAGAAAAUCUUCGGAGGCCCAGGCCAUCAGCCAUUGCUGAUCAGGGACGCUUGGCUUGAAGCUUGUUCAUGGGAAAGGACUUAAAAGAUUUCUGGUUUGACCGCUGCCCAGCUGACCUUUCCUGGACAGACAGCAGCCCCUCUGGUAGUCUCCAAGCACCUCAGUGUAUUCAUAACAACUAGGGAUCUCUGACCUUUCAAAUUGAAGUGUUGGAUAACCAGUUCCUGUACCCUGAGAAGCUGACAUGAUUACAAACAUUGGGCCCACAAGUUAUGGACAUAUUAGCUGCUGAACAUCAGUAUUUGUGUUGGUUCAGAAGAUUCAAGAAACAAUGAACUCAUCUGAAUGGCGUGGUCUGUUGUAGACCAUCUUCAAUGUGAAGAAGGGAACCAUGAACCACAACAUGGGGACCCACCCAAUUGUCAGUGAUACAUCGCAGGGGUCCUCAAACCACACGAUACAGUCCUCAGUGAGCACCAUGCCCAACCAAGCUGCCUACCUCGCCGCUGCCGCCUUCAACAAUGCCGCUGACUCUUACAACGGCCAGUUUGCUGUCUUCGAUUCUAAACCGUCCUACGUACCUCAUAUAUCCAAAGAGACUCAACUGUAUGAUGUUCACUGUGGAAUGUAUUCAGUGACGAGUCCCACUAACCUGUCCCCCUCUCCUCCCCCUCCUCCGCGGAUCUACAAGCCUUGUGUUGUCUGUAAUGACAAGUCCUCCGGCUACCAUUAUGGUGUCAGCUCUUGUGAAGGGUGCAAGGGCUUCUUCCGUCGCAGUGUCCAAAAGAAUAUGCAAUAUACAUGUCACAAGGACAAGAACUGCCCAAUCAACAAGGUCACCCGCAACAGAUGCCAGUACUGUCGCUUGCAGAAAUGCUUUGCUGCGGGAAUGUCCAAAGAAGCUGUGCGCAAUGAUCGGAACAAGAAACGCAAAAUUAAACCAGAGUGCACCAGCAGUCCUAAUGAGGACUUGACUGGCGAUGACCAGAACCUUAUACAGGAUAUUCUGGAAGCUCACAGAGCCACCUUCAUAUCGGACAUGGAGGACAGUCCAGAAUCGCCAUCCUUGAAACCGCGUGAAGAGGAGGACAGUGUUAUAUUGUGGGAGAGAAUUAGUGAAUUAUCCUCCGAUGGUAUUGUGAAAAUUGUGGACUUUGCCAAGAAACUCCCUGGCUUCUCAUCACUUUCACAGUCGGAUCAAAUUACAUUACUAAAGGCAGCAUGUUUAGAAAUUAUGAUAUUACGGCUGAGUGCGCGAUAUGAUGCGGACUUAGACUCCAUGGUGUUCAUGAACGGGGUGACGUUAAAUAAGGAUCAGCUACAGCAAGGAGGGUUUGGCAAUCUCACGGGAACCAUCUUCAGCUUUGCUGCUUCCCUUAAAGCUAUGAGUACAGACGAAACGGAGUUCGCAAUCCUGUCGGCCAUAUGCUUGAUCAGCGGAGAUCGCUCAGGGUUACAAGAUACAGAGAAAAUUGAGCAAAUGCAGGAGCCAUUACUGGAGGCAUUAAAGCAUUAUACUCGCUCUCGGAGGCAGGAACAGCCGCAUAUAUUCGCCAAACUUCUCAUGAAACUAACUGAUCUCCGGAGUAUAAGCGUCAAAGGUGAAAAGCAGACACUUCGUUUCGCGCUAGACCACUUGGCUAAUGCCCUCUCUCUCCUGGAGGCACCUGCCUCUAGCCAGCCCAUUAUCAAGAAAGAACCCCUCUCAGAUGAUGAACCCAGCUCCAGUAGAAAACCUUCAUCCACCUCAUACAUGCGGAAUAAUGUUGGAGGCAAAAACGUGCCUCAGUAUCAAGGGACUGUACACACAAACAUUAACCUUAUGGCCAUGAACCCCAGCAACGUAAUGUCACCUGAGUUCAUGGGGUCAAGGUUACCGUCCCCUCGAAUGGGACCGCUGCCUGAUUCAUCCAUUCCGUCACCCCUUGGGAUGGGGAUGUCGCCGAAGCAGCUGAGUCCGAAUCAAACUGUGCCUGCAGCAGGGAUGGGAUCGAUGGGCACGCCCUCCCCACCCUUCCCCACCAUCACGUCCCCCAAUAUGCCUAACUACCUAACUGGUCUGUCGCCAACUCUGUCUCCUAACAUCUCCUUCUCAUCAUCUUCAUACAUUAGCUCCAUGAUGUCGUCGCCGGUCGCCUCCAACAACGUCUCAUCAAGUGUGGAUGAAAACAUAAUGUCCAGCAUCCAUGACUCUAUUUCCGACGGGAUGCAGUCCCUUGUGCCAAAUAUGGAAAAUCAGCAGUUUGGUUUGACGCAAAACCUCAACAGGGCGCAAAUUGAUGAGAUAUUACGUAGCAGUCACAUGUUAGGGCAGCAAGCAGGAAACGAUAUCACAGACUUGGAGACAAUGAAACAUUCUUACAACCCGGGCAGAAGCAAUACCAAUAACAAUGCCAACAGUAACGGAAUUCUGUCAACAGGGUUAUACAGAAGUGAAGUAAAUGGAACUCAGCUUGUUUUGAAUGAUGUGGGCCCAAACACAGACCAUCAUGCUCCUCUCAGCAAAAUUAUUGCUGGAGCUAUGACAGAUUCCAUGCAAAUUUGAAUGAAAUGUAGCCUGAAGUCAUGAGGCAGGAAAAGUCCUUCACUGUCUAAUAUCGAAAAUGAUAAACGGUAUACAGAAUGCUUGUGAAAACGAUCCUAUUUACCAUAUACAUAUUUUGAUAGAUUUGGAGUAUUAUGUUAUGUUACUUGACCUUUGAAAUCUUGCAAUGAAGAUGUGAAGGUUGAUGUUGUGGAGGACUGAGAUUUGAUGGAGACAGAGUUCGGGGCCUCCAGAAAGGGAGAGGGCUGUUGGUUUCGUGAUCAUUUCUUCCGCUUCUCAUUCAAGGGGAGAUAAAUCUUGGACUUACAUGAAUUGAAUCUCAAGUAUUUGAUUCUUAAAUUAUCUUCGGAAUUUUCUUUCUCGAUCCUGAAGAUUGUUAUUAAAUUUCUUUUGUUUAUUUUAUACUGUUUAUUUUCAUGUUGUGAACUGUUUGUUUAUUUCUCACCUGGAAGCAUUUUAAAAGACAUUGCUAUUAUCACACAGUGCGCAGCAUUAGGAAAUGUAUUUUGAUCAUGCGAGCUUUUGCACUUAGUUGUCUGCUUUUCUGCCAUGCUUGGCUUGUUUAUCUGUUGACUGGUGAUCAGCUUGUAGCAACUAGGCAGGUAUGUUCACCAUGAUGUGAGGUAGAAUUGCUUUUUGUUCACACUGCAAAAUGAUAAUUUACACCAGGUGACAUCACAAUUCUAGUGCUCAUCAGCCAUUUUCAGCUUUGUUGUUGUAUGUUGUAUUGUUUAUGCCAGUUAUAAUUUUACUAUAUAUUUGUAUUUAUUGCAUAACAUGGAAACACCGACCCAUGAAAUAGAAUUUCUUUUCAACAUCAUGCAAGGGAAUAAGAACCAUUUUUCUAUUACUGUUUUAUUGGGGAAUAGAUUCAUCAAAACAGGGCUAUGUAACAUUUUUUCUAAAUUUUCCUUCCAUUAGACUGGAAUAAAUUAACUGGAAUAAAUGAUUGCAAUGCAUUGCAUAAAUCAUUUCAUUAUUUCAUAUUUGAUAUAAUCCUUAUUCUUGUUUCAAUAUAUACUGCUGACAUGAAAACUUCCACAUUCAUGCUUGUGAGUGGGAAAUUCUGAACAUGGUGGGGAAAUUUAUGAUCAAGGGGAGGUAAUUCAAUUCUGGGUUCAAUUCUACUUCCCUUUGUGACAAACUCAACAGAAGUGGCCUUACCUACACAUGAACAGGGCUCCAGAUAAAGGCCGUAUCGGCGUAUG